AUGUAUCCAAAGCAGCAUGUGGCCGUACGAACAGUAACGCUGGCAGUCGCCAAAUUGCUGUUUUUUGCCAUUGCUCAGCUCCCUACCGUAUCAGCCUUUCCGAUCCUUGGAUCCUUCCAACGAGCCACACAAGAGGACACACGAGAGGAUGGCAAAGCUCUAGAUGGCCCCAGCCUGUGGCUAUAUUUGUCCGUGGCUGCCGCUCUUGUGAUCACUGGAGGCGCUUUUGCUGGGUUAACUAUUGCGCUUAUGGGCCAGGAUGAGGUCUAUCUCCAAGUCAUAAAAACUUCAGGCGAGGGCGCCGAAAAGAAUCACGCGGAAAAAGUAUUAGGCCUUCUGAAACGGGGAAAACAUUGGGUUUUGGUUACGUUAUUGCUCAGCAAUGUUAUCACCAAUGAAACGCUUCCCAUCGUCCUUGAUAGGUCUCUAGGAGGCGGAUGGCCUGCUGUAUUGGGCAGUACAGCACUUAUCGUUGUCUUUGGUGAGGUCGUUCCCCAGUCGAUAUGCGUCCGUUAUGGGUUGCCAAUUGGAGCAUGGAUGGCGCCCUGCGUUCUUGUUUUGAUGUAUAUCAUGUCCCCGGUUGCUUGGCCUAUUGCGAAGCUCCUCGACAAACUCUUGGGCGAAGACCAUGGAACUAUAUAUAAGAAAGCCGGAUUGAAGACUCUGGUCACGUUGCACAAAAGCCUGGGUCAAGCUGGCGAACAAUUGAACUCUGAUGAGGUUACUAUUAUUAGCGCCGUCCUUGACCUCAAAGAAAAGUCCGUGGGCAGCAUUAUGAUCCCAAUGGAAGACGUAUUCACUAUGUCUGCCGACACAGUCUUAGACGAAAAGAUGAUGGAUUUGAUCUUGUCACAGGGAUACUCUCGGAUUCCUAUCCAUGCUCCGGAGCAACCCCACAAUUUUGUUGGCAUGCUUCUGGUGAAGAUGCUUAUAACCUAUGACCCGGAAGACUGCAAGCUUGUGAGAGAUUUUGCACUUGCGACACUCCCUGAAACUCGUGCCGAAACUAGCUGUCUAGAUAUUGUCAACUUCUUCCAGGAGGGCAAAUCUCAUAUGGUCUUGGUUUCAGAGUUUCCUGGUGAGGAUCAUGGUGCAUUAGGAGUUGUGACACUUGAGGAUGUUAUCGAGGAGCUUAUCGGAGAGGAAAUCAUCGAUGAGUCUGACGUCUUUAUUGACGUACACAAAGCCAUACGUCGUAUGGCCCCCGCACCAAAGUCUGGUGUCCCGAAGGGCCGUAUCGUCGCAGAACCCCCCAGCGCUUCCACGAUAUCACACGGAAAUCUUGUUGAUAUAUCUGAAGAUCAACCAAACUCUGCAGGGCACAGGGAUAGCCAUGAUUUUUCACACAAGCAUUCAGUAGACCACGGAACCCCCCCUCAAACCACCUUCUAUCUCCGAAAAUCUCACCCAUCCGACAGCACAGACUCUGUUGACACCCCAAUCAUUAGACGGGGCCCAACUCCAGAAAUCCGUGAGCAUCUAAAACAUCUAGGCCCGUCUAAUCUCGCAAGCCAUCCACGACAGACAAGGUACCAGGCUGUUAAGAUUAAGCCAGGGGAAGGAAUCAGCUCGGAUCGCAACGCCAUGCCCUUUCAUCGCCCUCCGUCUGAUCUCACCAGUGCUGUAGGAACACGCAACCCAUCUCUAGUCCGCUCGACAGGGAGGACCACAAGCGGUCGCGUCUUAACCCUGCAAACCACAUAUGGUACGAUGAUACGACCAACCUUACAUACUCUAAGCGCCGAAACCAUAGAAGAAAACAGUCCCGAUGGCAUAUCCAAAGACCCAUCCACCCGAUUCGAAGAACCCUUCAAAUUUACCACAUCCAAAAACGAAAAUCGGAUAACAGAUGCCCCACACAGCCCCCUUUCCCACCGCAGCGGACCGAACAGCACUGCCAGCUCUGAAACAUCAAAAUUUCGUGAUUGCGUUCAUCAACGUGGUGUAACCCGGAGCGGAAGCAUUACCGAACAGAUUAUCGACAGCAACGGCAUUCGCAAGGUAAUUUUGCAAACAGGUGGUGGCGCUUCAGUAGACGAAGAGAGUGUUGGGGAAGGCGAUGUACAUGGUUCAAGUGUCGCUAGAGUCCAUACCACGCAAGCUCUUAUUUCCACCAACGGUAAUGAAGUUCCAUCCACUUCUCAAGAUCCUGCCGGCCAUCUAGUGAAGAAGAAGAGGCGAAGGAAGCGGAAGGGCGGCAGUUCUAAAUCUGUGGAAACGCGGCAUUUGCUAUCUUGA